AAUAGAAACUUCCAAAGGCAAAGAGAAAACUUCUGACGGUGGAAAUUCUGUUAGACAAAUUAGUAGUAAUUCUGGUGGACAAAAUGAAAGUGAUAAAUCCAUCAAACAUAACAAAGAAGGCAAUUCAAAUGAACAAAAUAAACUUGGCUUCUGCAACCAACAAGGCGUAAACACUGAUAAGGAUGAAAAGAAAGUGUUGCGUCAAAUAUAUUUUUUAACUCCAAAGUUUAAAAAAAACCUGAUUUAUAAUUCACCAGCAAAUAAAUAUCAAGAGUUUACAAAUGCACAUAUAUAUAGUAUUAUAAUGAAGAUGGGAAACAAUACCCCUAAUCAUGCUAAAGCUUGUAAUGAGACAACUCAAGAAUGGAAUAAAAUCAAAACUAAAAAUGCACUAGAAAUCGACAAUAUAAUUAAAAAAUAUCUAAACAUUUCAUUUAAUCUAUAUAAUAUACAAACAGUAAAAUCAAGAUAUAUACCUGAAAAGACCUUAGAACCCUCUCUCCCUACUAUCUAUUCAGUAGAACCUGUAUCUAAAGUCUCUGCAAAUACAGCAGCUCAAAAAAAAGCAAGAAAAAAAAAAAAAAUACUCAUCGAAAAUCAUGAAGUAAUAAACUAUGAUAGUCCAGGUCGUUCACCACUUCUUUUUCAAUAUCUGAUCCUACAUAACUAUAUUCAUGAGUCUGUUGAAUUUGGAUCAGCUGAUGACAAACGUAUCUAUAUAGCACGAACAACAUUAAAUAAUUACUUAUUACCUCGCCAGUCUAAUUCUAUCACUGCGAAAGCACAUCAUUACUCAGCAUGGGUCUCAGUUGCUGGAGUUUCACGUACUGAUAUACAUGAACACCCUGAUGAUCAUUAUUGCCUUGCAUCUGUUAAAUGCGCAAAACAAUUUGCAUCUGUUUUUUCUAAUAUGUCAGUUGUCAUCUCUCAAGAUAACAAAGCAAAGAUAGGUCUCAGAAUACCUGCUUCUCUUGGCAUAUCUUCACUUACACAUAUCCAAUAUCUUGACAAUCUUACUAUAGACUCUCAAUAUGAUA